GCCGCCAUGGCGCCGUCGCCAUCUUCCGCCUUGGGAUUGAUCCACGGAGUGACCUUGAUGGAGAAUCGCUUUCUGUACCGCCGUGACCUCGGAAGCGGAACAUCUGGAGUCGUCAUCCUUGCUCUGGACGCCCUCACGAAGAAGAACGUCGCGAUCAAGAUAUGGACCAAGGCAUUGUCAGUUGCUGGCGAGCGUGAGGUGGACAUAUUGGAGCUCGUGGCGACCAAAGGUCCACGCAUGGGCCUGCCUAUUGUUCACUUGAUCGGAUCCUUUUACUAUCGUGAGCGACUUUGUAUCGUGAUGGAGCAUUUGGAGUCGGCUAUCAACUUGCAAGCCACCAAGCACAUGCCGGAUGGACGGUACUUACCUGCUGCGGAAAUGGCGCAUGACCCCGACCUUGAUUGUAUUGCGCGUCCACAGAUCUCGAUGAACAAACUGAGAUUGAUGGCCUUCCACAUCUGCGCGGCCCUCGCGUUUGUACACAACGCGGGCGUUAUCCACUGCGACCUCAAGCCCGACAACAUCUUGAUUGACAAUUCCAUCGUGGACGGAGGGGUGAAGCUCGUGGAUUUCGGCAACUCGAUCUACCACGACGAAGCCAUCCACCAGGUGGCGUCCCAUCAAUUCGACGUUCAAGCAAUGCUCUAUCGCGCGCCGGAAGUUGCGAUCGGAUUGUCGCUGUCGUGUGCGGCGGACAUGUGGUCGCUCGGAUGCAUCGUACUCGAAGGGUUGCUCGGCCAACCCGUGUUUGCGGCGCGGUCGCGUGCCCAUCUCCUCUGUCAAAUCGAUCAAAUCCGUCCUCUCACGCUGACUCGCGGCAUGUUUCAUCGCGAGUACAUGUCGUUCCGUCAGCAAGUGGACCUAAAGCCCUCUUCCCUCGACGAUAUCCUCACCAAGUUCGGCGUGACCAACACAGAGGCUGCUUCAUUCCUUCACGCGUGCUUUGUCGUCGAUCCUGAUCGCCGCCUCACUGCGACCGAGGCUCUAGUCCACCCCUUCUUGCUUCCAGUCAAUCCCGUGGGCUUUUUGCUGUCGAAUCCCGUUCUGUAUCGUGCGUCGACGCGUCCCCCGUCCAAGCGAAAGAUCUCGACGCCAUCGCACGACUCUGCAAAACGCCAACUCACCGCCGCCAUUCAAAUGACCAGCAAAAACAACGUUACGUCCACUAUGCCCGUAAGUAGUCCGCCGUCGCCUGGCUAAAGUGCCGGUGAGCCACGAACGUGGUUGCCUCGCUCUCCCGCAGUGCGUGCAAUGCUGCGUCUUUGCAAAUGGCGCGGAUCAUGGCCCCCGUGACGGUCGA